AUGUCCGACGACGACGUCGAUCUGGAGCUGCUGGAGCUCAUGCGGAAGCAUUGGGGCGGCGGUGCUAGGCAAGACGGCCCGCCCGAAACAAAGGUGCUGGAAAAUGCUCAGUUCAUCUACGACAAUAGCAUCGAUGUCGCCCUCGACAUGCGCUCCACAAAAGUCGCCGCACAGCUGGUGCUCGACGAGAUGAGCAAGCGAGACUACUCGCCCAGGUCAUGGUCGGAGCAUGAGCUGCAUCCAAAGUCCAAGGAUGAGGCCGCGGUCAACUUCAUCUUUACCAUGGACCUGCUGAACUUUAGUUUCUGGAGCGAAAAAAGCGACCAAGAGCGCUUCGCUGUCGUCUACAAGGGCAAGAGGUGGACGGGCUACUGGAGCCUCGUAGCAAUACUGCAAAGAGCACUGGAACAGGAGAUUCCCAUCACGAGUCCAGAGUUCUGGGUUGACGAGGAAACGUGCUCAGAAGAAGUGCUGCGCACCGUCUUUAGUUCUGGCACCGACGAAGAAAUCCCCCUGUUCGAGCAAAGGGUGCGGUGCUUGAGGGAAGCCGGUCAGGUCCUGCAGGAGGAAUUCGACAGCAGUGUCGUCACUCUGAUUGAGGACGCAAACAACUCAGCCGCCGGCCUGGUGAACCUGCUCGCUGAAAGAUUCAACUGCUUUCGAGAUGAAGGCAAGUUUGAAAACAAAAACGUGCGCUUCCUGAAGCGCGCCCAGAUCUUUGUCGCCGACCUAUGGGCUGCUUUCGAGGGCGACGGCUACGGUACGUUCAACGAUAUUGACAAGAUCACCAUGUUCGCCGACUACCGUAUUCCACAAAUGCUGCAUUCACUAGGCAUCAUGUGGUACUGCCCACCGCUGGAAAAUAAAAUCCGUCGCUUGGAAAUGAUCGACUCAGGUCAUACCUGGGAGAUGCAAAUCCGUGGCUGCAGCAUCUGGGCUGUAGAGCUGCUUCGCCGUGAAAUCAAGAAGCUCAAACCGGACACCCAGGUCAAUGCUAUUCUCAUCGACUUCUUCCUGUACGAUCUGGCCAAGGAAAGAGAGAAAGAAGGGGUGGACGCAAUACCGCAUCAUCGGACACGAAGUAUCUGGUACUAG